UGCUCAUUGGAUGACGUGCGGAGCGAGAGCCCGUCUGCUGCUCUUUCGGAUUAGCCGAAAGAGGGGAGAACUUCCGGCGGUCCACUUCCGUUCCUUGCUGCUGGAGAGACGGCGCUCCGCCGGGGUCGGCGAAGGAUCCCAAGAUGGCCGGGCGUAAGCUUGCCCUAAAAACCAUUGACUGGGUGUCUUUUGUGGAGAUCAUACCCCGAAACCAAAAGACAAUUGCAAACUCCCUAAAGUCGUGGAAUGAGAUCCUCCACACCAGGUUGGCUAAUCUGCCUGAGAAACCACCAGCGAUUGACUGGGCUUAUUACAAGGCCAACGUGGCCAAGGCUGGCUUGGUGGAUGAUUUUGAGAAGAAGUAUAAUGCCCUGAAGAUCCCAGUGCCUGAGGAUAAAUACACAGCCCUGGUGGACAGCGAGGAAAAGGAGGAUGUGAAGAACUGUGCUGCGUUCCUGUCCGAGUCCCAGGUCAGGAUCCAGGAAUAUGAGAAGCAGCUGGAGAAGAUUAAGAUGAUGAUCCCCUUUGAUCAGAUGACCAUUGAUGACUUGAAUGAAGUCUUCCCGGAAACCAAGCUGGACAAGAAGAAGUACCCGUACUGGCCUCACCAGCCCAUCGAGAACCUGUGAAACAGGCCAGGAGGGAGCGCCAGCCCUUCACUGCACACUUGGACAUUAAAAUAAAGCAUUUACGUUC